AUAUCUGUUGAAAAAAAAGUAUAAAAAAAGCAGAGGUAAAAAUGUCGUUGCUCUUCAACACCGAAUGGGGCUACUUGGAAGGCAUUACGCGGGGCUUUAAGAACGGCAUGCUGAAACACUCGGACUACCUCGCCCUCACGCAAUGCGAGUCCCUCGAAGACGUAAUGAUGAACAUCCAGAGCACCGACUACGGCAACAUCUUUUCCAACGACCGCAAGUUCAGUGUGGAGCUGAUCGAAAAGCGGCUGGGGGAGAAGCUUCUUAAUGAGUUCAACUACAUCCGGGCCCACUCCACGGAUCCAUUGAGCUCGUUUCUCGAGUACAUCCGCUAUCCAUACAUGAUCGACAACGUGGCACUGCUGAUCGCCGGCCUGAACAACAACCGUCCCAUGAAAAGACUGCUCGAGAUGUGCCAUCCAUUGGGCUACUUUGAUCAAUUGGCGGCCAUUGAGGUGGCCAUCAGCUCGGUGGAACUUUUCAAUGCCGUGCUCAUCGACACGCCGCUGGCCAAAUUUAUUCCGCCAAACUUCCACGAGGAAACCUUUAUCGAAAUUGAUGUCGAGAUUGUCCGGGGCGUGCUCUACCGGUCCUAUCUGGAGAGCUUUUACGCCUUCUGCGAAGGCCUGGGCGGGACCACGUCGAACGUGAUGUGCAAGCUGUUGGGCUUCGAGGCGGACCGCCGGGUCAUAACCAUCACCGUAAACGCCCUGCCCACUCACCUGACAGCCGAAGAUCGUCUGAAGAUGUACCCAACCUGCGGAAAUCUGCCCGAUCUCGCGCUGCGGACCCUCUCGGAGGUCAGCGACUACGACCGGGUGCGCGAUGUUUGCAACUUUGCGGGAUACGGCGACAUGUUCGAUAACAUCGAACGGGACACGGACGGACUGAUCGGGCUCGAGGACCGAUUCCUAAUGGUGGAGGCCAAGAACAACGUGCAAUCGUAUCUGCAGCAGUUCCACUACGGCAUAUUCUACUCCUACGUGAAGCUGAAGCAGCUGGAGAGCCGCAACAUCAUCUGGAUAUGUGAGUGCAUUUCGCAGCGUCAGACGGAUAAUGUCAAUGCAUACAUUCCCAUACCUUUGGAUUGAGUUAUUGAACAAUUGAGUUUGAUUUUCCACUAAACGUUUUGUGUGGCAAUCAUUAUAGUAAGGUUUUUAAUAA